CGGAAGUAUACCGCCCUCCUCUGGAUGCGUCACUGUGAUUCUCGUUGACUGUGUCAAAGGGAUCGCAUCUUCUCCAUAAAAGUAACUUCAUUCGAAUCGGACCAUGUCCGAUGCGAGCGCGGACGAUUAUGACGGGUUUCAGACCCAGUUCACGAACAUAAUGGAAACAAUCUUACAGACUGCUGUCAGGGAAGCGACAAAACUUUAUGAUGGCACUUUGCAGCGCUUGAAAGCGGAAUUGGUGCAGCUGAGACAAGAGAAUGUCAACACGAAGACAGGUGAUUCAUCCGGCCAGAACACAAAGAGAUUAUCUGAAGCUGGGAGUCAGAGGACUGGAAAUGGAUCUAAACAUCGUGAUAUUGGCGUGCAGUGCGAAAAGCCUACACUGGUGGACCGGGGAUGCAGCCCCCUUCAGUUUAUAGGACAACGUGUUAAUGUGGGAGACAUUACAAGCGAUAAACUCACAGAUCUAUGUGCCAGUGAGGACGGGAACAGACAGCUUGCGUUGCUCCUCGUCAAACAAGAGCCUCAAGAGACUGAAUGCAACAGCUAUGCACCAGGAUACUUUUUACUAAAGCAAGAGGGUGCUGAACCAAUCCUGGUGCGCAGAGAGCCAAAUAAGGAUACCAUGGAAAGGGUUGUGAUACCGCCAGCAUUGCAAACAAUAACUAGGCACCAUAGCAACCAAGGAGGGAAGUCACCAUGUCCAGUGACUACCUCCUCUUGUAGUCGCAGAGUGGAUUCCUGUGGUCAAAAACCCAAUCAGACUACACAACCCAUCCAAAGUACAGCUAAAAGAACACUGGAAAACACUGAAGGCUUGUCUUCCCAAAGCAAAAGACAGAAUCUAAGUGCACCAGCACAGACAUCCACUUCUUCAGUACUUCCCAAUUCGACCCAAACUCCUGUUUCCACUGUUAACCUGUCUGUGCCAAUGAUUGAGCUGUCUGGCACUCCAACAAUAUCUCAAACGAAACCAACAGCUUCAUUAGUUUACCGUCGACCAAACCCAAACCCUCAAACAUCAAACCAGACAGUAGUCCCUCAGAAAGAGGGGUCAAAUAUCUGUCAAAACACCUACCUAAAUCCUUUUCCCCCAAGCCAAGUCUUAGUAACAGCGCCUCAUUCACCAAAACAGCGAGUUCAGGCAUUGGUUUCACAUACUGAGAAAACUCUUUCAAACAUUGCCUCACUAAACCAGGCCACUGAACCACUAACCCAGUGUUCAUCUCAACUUACACAACCACCAUUCUUUCCACCACAAUCCAUCAAAACACCAGCCCAAGAGAUGACUCCACAAGUACAAACUGUCAUGCCAUCAGGACACGUUCCUGUCGCAGCAGAUCCAAAUCCAGUUCCACCAGUCCAGGAUCGGAUUCUCCCAGCCGGUCUUGUUCCUCCUCAAUCUCAAGUUUUUACAUUGCCACAGAUAAUGCCAGCACAUUCUGUGACUUCAAGUCCAUCAUUCCAGUUCCCUUUGGUUCUGCCACCCAAUCCAGUUCAGGGGACGCCACCUUCUUAUCUGCCAAUGCAUGUUCCAUUUACUUCUUCGCACAUUCCAGUUAAUGGAGUUCAGGGAUCCGUGUCCUUAAACCCACCUCAACCUCCACUUACGCAAUCUCAAUAUCCACCACAAUCUGAUCAGUUUUCCUCUUCUCCAGACCAUUUUUUUCCUCCACCGGAUGAUACGCCGAGUUUGCUGGAAUCUCUUGAUACUUUGCAUUUGCACUCACCCAUUGUGAUAACGCCACAAGAUGCCCUGGAGCAGGCACCCAUGCACCAUUUUCAUCCAUCUGGGCAGUUUGCUCCUCUGCUAACACUGAAGGAGCAACAAGCUGCCACUUCAGCUAACGUUCUUUUAGGGCGAGUACCCAUUCCGUCCUUAGAUACCUCUGCGUCUCCGGUUGACAACAUCGAAGCAGACCUACCAUUUUCCCCAUGUUGCACAGAGAGAAAUGACAAAGACCUCUCGGAAGAUGAUGACACCCCUACACUCCAGUCUAGACUGAGAAAACAGAGAAAGUUUUGCUUCAGAUCCAGACAAAUAGAUCCUGCAGAUGAGGACAGCACACUUAUGGUCAAGGAUAAAAGGGUGGAUCAGGUACAGAAUGAAUUGAUUAGUGAAACACCACAUUCUGGCUCAAAUAAUGGAAAUCAACUAUUACCAAAACCUUCAGGCAAAACACUGCAGAGAAAUACGAAGUGUCCCCAGUGUGGAAGGGUCCUCAGCAAUGCGUCUGCCUUGGAGAACCACAUGAGACUUCAUACAGGCGAAAGACCUUAUACCUGCUCCCAGUGUGGAAAAGCGUUUCCUAGUGUACGAGGUCUUAACCGGCACAUGAAGGUCCAUGCAGAGGAGAAACGGUAUCAGUGUGAUGAGUGUGGAAAGAGUUUUGUAUACCACUUUACCCUUACCAAACAUCAGCUCAUUCACUCUGGAGAAAGGCCAUUUCCUUGUAAAGUUUGUGGAAAGAGGUUUUUGGCCAAGGCAGACCGGGCUACACAUAUGCGAAUGCACACUGGAGAGAAGCCAUUCUCAUGCACUCUAUGUGGGAAAAAGUUUAAACAUAGAGUCGCUCUGAAUAUGCAUAUGCAGGGGCACAGAGGAGAGAAACGCUACAUCUGCCCCCACUGUGAAAAGGGAUUUGUGGAUCUAGGCAAUUUUAAAAGACACAAGCUCAUCCACACAGGGGAAAGACCGUUUGAGUGCAAGGAAUGUGGGAAACGCUUUACUCAAUCAGCCCAUCUCAAGAAACAUGUCAACACACAACAUGCUACAUGAAAAAAAUAAUUUGGAUUGUUCAGUAUUAAGCAUUCAGUGGAUCCCCUUGAUUGACUGACAAAAUAUAUAACAGUAUUAGGCCUGAUUGUAAAGUAAAGGGAUAGUUCACCCAAAAAUUAAAAUUACCCUUUCAUUUACUCACCCUCAAGCCAUCCUAGGUGUAUAUGACUUUCUUCUUUCAGACAAAUUCAGUCAGAGUUAUAUAAAAAAAAAAAAAAAAUUGUUUUUCCGAGCUUUAUAAUGGCAGUGAAUGUGGAUUGAGAAUUUGAAUCUAAAUAAAGUGCAUCCAUCCAUCAUAAAAAGCACUCCAGUCCUCUUGGCUCCGGGGGGUUCACGAGAGAGUGGCAUUCCAGCGGAUUACGUAGGUGUAGCGUAAGCUCCGGUGAGAAGUGACUAAAUUGAAUUCAUUUCUAGAUCUACACGGUAUACACAAAGUGUUUCAGUCUGGUUUUAGAUCUUUAUAUAGGACAGAGACUGCACUGUUGAAGGUUUUUAAUGACUUAUUACUUGCUACUGACUCACGGGACUGUGCAAUUUUAAUUCUAGUAGACCUUACGGCUGCAUUUGAUACUGUUGACCACAAGACCUUGAUUUUGUUGGGAUGGUUUAGAUUCUAUUUGUCCGAAGGAACUUUUUCAGUUAACUUUGUCUCCUCAACUGUUUCUUUCACGUGUGGAGUCCCCAAGGGAUCCAUUUUGGGGCCUAUUCUGUUCUCCCUGUAUAUGCUUCCCUUAAGAAAUAUUUUAGAAAGUUUGAUAUUACUUUUGAUUGUUAUGCAGACGAUACGUAAAUGUACCUACCUUUGAAACUUAAGGAUACUUCUUCUUUAGAGCCCCAUUGCAGUUUCUUGAGGAAAUUAAGGCCUGUAUGGCACUAAAUUUUCUUCAUUUUAAUACUGAAGUUAUACGGUUUAUGCCGGGAGGUACUUGUGAGUCAUCCGAUUUGGACCUUGAUGAAUUGAAAACACUUGUGAAGCCAUAUGUAAAAAAUGUAGAGGUUAUCAGAGACUGUGAUUUUAAAUUGGACAAACAGAUUAACUUUGUAGUUAAAUCUUGUUUUUUUCCAAUUGAGACAACUCAACAAGGUGAAAUCUUUCCUGUCUUUUAAAGACUUUCAAAGAAUCAUCCAUAUGUUUAUUUCGACUCGUUUGUAUUAUUGUAAUGGCGUCUAUGAAGGUACAGUAUUAGUCAGGCCUCUCUCUUCAUACUGCAGAUGGUCCAGAAUGCAGCAGCUUGCCUGUUGACAGGUACACGUAAGUGGGAACACAUAACCCCCAUUCUCACCUCUCUUCACUGGUUAUCUGUCCAUUUUAGGAUUUAGUGUAAGAUUUUGGUAUUUGUUUUUAAAUUUCUUAAUGGUUUAGCACCUAAAUAUCUGUCUGAAUUGAUCAAGCUCUAUACUCCACUAAGAGCGCUUCAUUCUGCUGACCAUUUGCUUCUAGUUGUCCCACGGGUAAAGUUGAAGAGCAGGGGUGACUGAUUAUUUGCAGUGGAGGCCCCGAAGCUUUGAAAUAGUUUGCCCAUCUACAUUAGACAGGCUCAAACACUUUUUGUUUUUAAAUCUAGCCUAAAGCCCCUUUUCUAUAGUCUAGCAUUUGACGCAAUAUGAGAGCUGCUUCUUUUUAUUGUCUUUAUGGUAUCUUAUUAUUUUCCUUUGCAUUGUUGACUGCUGUAUCAUUGAUAUUUUUAUUACUUUUGUGUGUACAGCAUUUUGAUGAACACUUGCGGUUUUUAAAAAAGGGCUCUAUAAAUAAACUUUGAUUUGACUGUUCUAACAUCUGCUGGAACACUACUCUAUUGUAAAUUCACGGAUGAAAUUUUACGGUUUGUAAAGUUUAUUAACUGUGUAGAGUACUUUUUAUGAUGAAUGGAUGCAAUUAUUUUGUUUCCAAAUCUCAACCCCCAUUCACUGCCAUUAUAAAGCUUGGAAGAACCAGGACAUUUUUAAUAUAACUCUGAUUGUAUUUGUCUCAAAGAAUAAAUAUAUGUAUAUGUGUGUAUAUAUAUAUAUAUACAGUACAGACCAAAAGUUUGGACACAACUUCUCAUUGAAAGAGUUUUCUUUAUUUUCAUGACUAUAAAAAUUGUAGAUUCACACUGAAUGCAUCAAAACUAUGAAUUAACACAUGUGGAAUUAUAUAUGGAAUUAUAUACAUAACAAAAAAGUGUGUAACAACUGAAAAUAUGUCAUAUUCUAGGUUCUUCAAAGUAGCCACCUUUUGCUUUGAUUACUGCUUUGCACACUCUUGGCAUUCUCUUGAUGAGCUUCAAGAGGUAGUCACCUGAAAUGGUCUUCCAACAGUCUUGAAGGAGUUCCCAGAGAGAUGCUUAGCACUUGUUGGCCCUUUUGCCUUCUGUCUGCGGUCCAGCUCACCCCUAAACCAUCUCGAUUGGGUUCAGGUCUGGUGACUGUGGAGGCCAGGUCAUCUGGCGCAGCACCCCAUCACUCUCCUUCUUGGUCAAAUAGCCCUUGAUGCCUUCAGUGUGACUCUACAAUUUUCAGAGUCAUAUAUGUAUAUAUGUAUGUAUGUAUAUAUAUAUAUAUAUAUAUAUAUAUAUAUAUAUAUAUAUAUAUAUAUAUAUAUAUAUAUAUAUAUAUAUAUAUAUAUAUAUAUAUAUAUAUAUAAACUGCUUCAUUGCAUUAAUUUUGUGCGCACUCUUUUUCUCAUACCAAGCAAAGCAAAUACAAUUGCUUGCUUUUUUCACAGUGCUUUAAGUACUAUUUAAAUAUGAAGUAAUAAAAUGUGAUGACUUUUCUAUUCUUUUGUCAAUGUGAAACUUGUAUACUGCUUGUUUAUUUUUAUUUUUAUUAUUAUUAUUAUUAUGUUGUAUGUAUGUUUUUUCUAUUGUCCAUCUUACUAUAGAUAUCAGUAAAACACCUAAGGAGUCAUUAUGUAAAAUUAUAAUAAAUAAACAAAAGAGACUUUGUUUUCUUCACAAUUUAUCUUCAAAUAGUCUACUCUAUCUAUUCGUACCAGUGACAAGAAAGAAAUCAUAUGAACCACUGGGUGGCAGUGUAUGAUACCACAUAUUAAAAAAAGACUGAGACAUAUUAAAGUACAAAUUCCAGUUUAUGUAAAGUGGUUAACAUUUGGAUAGCUGGCUGAGACAGUCCAGAUUACGUUAUGGUACAAAAUCUACCACAUCAUUCAGUGCAAGAACAAAACACUAGUUAGUAAACACAUAACUUAUGUUUAUGGCAAAUAACAAUAAUCCCUUAUGUACUAUAACUGUAAUAGUCCUCAAGUGUAUAUUAGGGUUACUGAACUGUAAUUUGACCUCCAAAUCAUUUCAAAUAUUUGUACAAUUAAUUCAAAAUGAUUUUUUUAUCGAUAUUCAGAGUAUUGUGAACUUAAAUGGUUAGACAAAAUAUAAGAAAUAUUUUAUACAUUUGUGAAGAAAAAAAAUCAUUUAUUUUUUUAAUUUUUGCAACAUUAAUUUGUAUUAAAUUCAUGUUAAUAAAAAAACUAGUAAUUC